UAUUCGCGCGUCAAGGCGCGAAGGCGCUUCAAUCAAUUCAGUGUGGCGGACACGUAUCUACAGUCACGCCUCUGCAGGCCGUUUACACAACUAUACCUUAAAUGAUAAAACAGACUACAUCAGAUUGAUUCAAGUUAAAACAUUAAAAAAAAGUAACAAAUGUAGAAUAAUUUCAAAUGAUAUUUUAUCUAAUUAAUAAAUUAAUCAUAAUUGUGCACGUGAUAGAAAAUUUCAAAUUAUUAAUCUCUCAAUUAUCACAUAACUAUGAUGUUUUCUCAACGGGAUGAAGAAUUGUUAAUUCAAUAUUUUCUCGAAGCAUUAUGUUUAUUUCAUAAAACACAAUGGAUUUAUAAUCAUCCAGUUACUGAAAUAUUAAUUAAUGGAUCGUUAGAUGCUAUUCCUAAAGAAUGGUUAGAUGUAUUGCAAAGCUUAUCAAAUAACAAAUUAAAUAACUUUGUUGUUAACAAAACAUUGCCAGUAUGGCCUAAAACACUUCAAGAAUUCAUAGACAAAUGUAAAUAUACUAAUAGGUUAUCACGUGUAAAUCCUUCAACAACAUUGAAAGUGCCGCAACAAUUUAUAAAACGGUUAAAUCCUAAAAAACAACAUGAAAUAAUACAUUUGGCAGAAUUGAUACAUGCACAAUGUAAAACAUUAAAGAUUGAAGUUAUUGUUGAUUUUGGUAGUGGUCUGGGAUAUGUCAGUCAAUUACUGUACCAUUUAUAUGGAUAUAAAGUGCUUGGAUUAGAUGGUAAUGAAGCAAAUAUAACUGUAGCACGUAAUAGGCAAAUGAAUAUCUAUCCAACAUCUGUAAAUCAUGUUAAAUAUGCCUACUGUAAAUUAUCGUGUCAUUCAAUAGAAACAAUAGAAACAAUAGAAUCUCUAAUAUUAUCUGAAUUUGGAAAAAUUGAUAAUCUUUGUUUUAUUGGAUUACAUGCUUGCGGUGACUUAAGCGUAUACGUAUCAAAAAUAUUCAAUCAUAUGAAGAAUGCACAAUUAUUGAUUUUAAUUUCUUGUUGUUACCAUAAACUUACUGUAUCUAAAAAUGAAAAUGUCAUUUCUAAUGGUGUUGUACAACAUUUUGAUCAUUUUCCAAUGUCGCAAUGCCUUAAGAAAGCAAUUGAUUAUUCUAAUUUAGAUACUAGUAUGUUUUUAAGACAACCAUUUUUAAGACUAGCAUGUCAAGAACCUGCUGAAAGAUGGAUCAAUAUGUCACAGGAUUCACAUGAUAUACAUGCUUUCCAUGUACUUGCUAGAGCUGUGUUUGAAUUAUAUGUAAACCAAAAUAAAUUAUAUUUAAAAAAGCAAGUUCGAAAAGCUACAAGACUAUCACAAUGUUCUAGUAUUGAAAAUUAUGUGAAGGAUACCUUACUGCGAUAUACUUUGGAACCUAUCAAUGAAACUGUACCACGAAAUGAAGAAAAAUUGAAUGAUCACGAAUUGAUUGAAAAUGAAAUAACUGAAUUAUGGAAACAUCAUUGUCAAAGAUUACAACAAGUUGAGAUUUAUACUGGUUUACAAUUAAUUUUACAAGCAUCAGCAGAAUCAAUGGUCUUACAAGAUCGAUUGUGUUGGUUACGAGAACAAGGUUUAAAUGCUAUUAUUAUUCCUGUUAUGAAUAAUAUAUUAUCUCCACGAUCUAAUGCUAUUGUAGCACAAAAACAAUAAUCUAUGUUGCACAUAUUCUAAUUAAAAUAUUAAUAAUUUCACUAUCUUCCAUAAGGAUGAAUUUGUGACGCAG